AUGGCGGCGCUGCGAUGCGCGCCGUGCGGCUGGAGGCGAGUCUUGGCGGCGGGGGUGCUGAUGGCGCUCGCGCUGGUUGCGCUCGAUAUCGCGACCGACUAUGACGAGGACGACGAUGCGGGCUUGCGACCACGCGGCAUGCUAUUUGAUGAGGUGGAUGAUGACGGCCCGGAUGAUCUCUGGACGUUGGAGACGAAGAUGAGCCGUGGAUUCGCCCCAGGGACGAGAUCUAACGGUUGCGACCGCGUCGACGCUUUAGUCGUCGCGGAUGGCGAGCUGGGCGAGAGGGUGCACGCGGUGUGCGCGGCGUCCGCCAUGACGGCGCUGAGCUCGCUGCUCACGCUCGCCGUGUGGCCGGCCGACCGCCACAUGCCACACGUCCGCUUCUCCCACCUCUUCUCCCUCACGCCGCCCGCGCCCGCCUCCUCCUCUGCCGACAGCCCUGCCACGCCCGCCCCCAACGCCACGGCGGGGGGGGGCAGCGGGGGGGGCAGGGGGAGCGGGGAGAGUGCGUUCGUGGGCGGGCCGGAGCGGCGAGUGUGGGUGCGCGAGUCAGCGCUGCCUGCUGCGGCGUGGAGGAGCGAGCUCAACCUCGCCAGGCGCACGGUGCGUGAUCUGGACAUGGCUGUGCAGGUGGUGGGCGCGCCGCUGCUUCGUGAGGCGGAUGGGCUGGCCAUGAGCAGCCGCAACGUACGCCUCACCCCCGAGCACCGGCAGCAGGCUCUCUCCAUCAGCUCGGCACUGCUGGCAGCCAAGGCAGCAGUGGAGGCGGCUCACAGCGGGGCGGGCGAGAGUGAGCGAGGCGAGGGGCACGCACAGGCGGCCGAUGCAAGCGCGGUGGUGGAGAGAGUGAGGCGAACGGUUGAGGAGGCAGGGGGGCGAGUGGAGUAUGUGCAGUUGGUGGAGCAGGAGAGUCUGGAGCCUAUCUCGCGCAUCACUCACCCUGCUGUGCUUGCAGUGGCAGCCCAUUUUGGAUCAGUGCGUCUCAUAGACAAUGUGGAGAUUGAUGUUCACACAUAG